AGCGCAGCCCACAGGAAGUCUUCCCGUUAUAGAAAAGAGGGGGCUUCCGUCUCCGGUGUCAUGGCGGCCUCCUGUCCUGAAGGCGUGCCGGAGGCCCAAGAUGGGAAGAGAAGGCAGUUCGGGAACCGGUUCCUGAACGACCCCACGCGCGUCUUCCACCACAACGCCUGGGACAACGUGACGUGGUCAGAGGAGCAGGCCGCGGCGGCGGAGAGGAAAGUGCAGGAGAACAGUUCUCAGCUGGUGUGCCCCGAAAAGCAAGUUGAUUAUGAGGUCAAUGCCCACAAAUACUGGAAUGACUUCUACAAAAUUCAUGAAAAUGGGUUUUUCAAGGAUAGACACUGGCUUUUUACCGAAUUCCCUGAACUGGCACCUAGCCACAAUCACGUGACUGAUUUACCCUUGGAGAACUGUAAACACAGAAGCAGUGAUGAUGGACCCAUCUUAACAACAGAACAGCACACGUGUUCUUGUACCAGCCACGGGUGCGAGACUCAGGUGCCUUCUGUGGAAGAGACGGUGACGCAGAAGCUCACUCACCUAGAAAUCCAUGCUGAUGAAUUCCCUGGAUCCUCAGCCACCUACCGAAUACUUGAGGUUGGUUGUGGUGUAGGAAACACAGUCUUUCCAAUUUUACAAACUAACAAUAACCCAAACCUCUUCGUGUACUGUUGUGAUUUUUCUGCCACAGCUAUUGAACUGGUCAAGACAAAUCCAGAAUAUGAUCCUUCUCGCUGUCUUGCCUUUGUUCAUGACUUAUGUGAUGAAGAUCAGAGUUACCCCAUGCCCAAGGAUAGUCUUGAUGUCGUCGUUCUUAUAUUUGUUCUUUCAGCAAUUGUUCCAGACAAGAUGCAGAAAGCCAUCAACAGGCUGAGCGGACUCCUGAAGCCUGGAGGGGUGAUGCUUCUUCGAGACUAUGGCCGAUAUGACAUGGCUCAGCUUCGGUUUAAGAAAGGUCAGUGUUUGUCUGGAAAUUUCUAUGUGAGAGGUGAUGGCACCAGAGUCUACUUCUUCACACAAGGGGAGCUGGAUGCGCUCUUCACGGCUGCAGGCCUGGAGAAGUCUCAGAACCUGGUGGAUCGCCGCUUGCAGGUCAACCGAGGGAAACAGCUGACCAUGUACCGCGUCUGGAUUCAGUGCAAAUACAGGAAGCCCCUCGUGCCCAGUGCCAGCCAAGAUGUGCCUGCUCCCCACACAACAUAAGCUCUUUGUGUUCAGGGCUUUCUAAGAAGAUACCUGUGAGGGUGGCUUGUUGAUGUUGGACAGCCUGGGAAUCCAAGUAGCUCAGAUACUGAGCCUAGGAACAAUUACUUUCUAAUAUUAAUAAUUGUGGCUUUUGGCUGGGCAUGGUGGUUCAUGCCUUUAAUUCCAUUAAGGGAGGCAGAGGCAAGCAGACCUCUAAGUUUGAGGCCAGCCUGGUCUACAGAGUGUGUUCUACGAUAGCCGGGACUACACAGAGAAACUCUGUCUCCACAAGCAAACAGAAAACAGUUGUGGUUUUUAUUUGGGAAGGCUGUUGACUUACACUUUCUCAAGUUCAUUUCUUUAUUAUUGUUUAGUGGGGGCGAGGCCAUGAUGAACGUGUGGAGUCCAGAGGACAACUUGCAGGAGUCACUUCUCUGCUACAUGUCUGUCCUGGAAUUCAAACUCAGGCUUGCCAGCAAACACUCUUGAGCUUUUCACUAGCCCUCAAAUUUUAAAGACUAGAAUUUUAUAUACAGAAAAACUCACUGUGUCUAAAAUGACCUUGAACUUCAGAUACUCCUGCCUUCACAUCUCUGGGUGGUGGUGGCCCACACUUUUAAUCCUGCCAGAAGCAGCGGAUCUCUGAGUUCAAGACCAGCCUGGUCUACAGAGUGAGUUCUAUGACAGCCAGAGAAACCCUGUCUCAAAGGGGGAAAAAAAAGAAAGAAAAUCUAUACAAGCACAUUUGUUCUGGGAGUUAAGGAUUUAAAACCAAGACUGACCAAGUGUGAUUGCUCACAGGAGUAAUCCCUGCAGGGCAAAGCUGAGGCCUGAAGGAUUCCUGUAAGAUCAAGUCUAGCCUGGACUGCAGUGUGAAACUCUCGGAAGGAUUUCAAAUAUGGCUCAGCAGUAGAGCACAAGUGCUGGAGCCCAAGACAUGGUAUUCUAUAACUCUAAUCCUAGCACGGGGGAAUCUGAGAUAGGAGAAUUGCCUUAAGUUCAAGGCCAGCUCAGGCUAUAUAGUGAAAGACUGCCUCAGCUCUCCCGCCUCCCAUGUGAUAGUAUUGUAUUAAUACACAGGUGUCAUGUGACUGUAGAAUGCAUUACAAGUUUUUGGAAACUCCAGUUUCUGUCGUAAUUGAUACAUAAGGACUGCCGAGUCAUAGGGGAAGAAGCAACAUGAGAAGUAUCUGUUGUAGGAUGUUUUGCUUAGAAUUUCAAAAUGCUUAGUGUGGUAGUGCGCAUGAGUAGUCCCAGCACGCAAAGGGCUGAUGCGGGAAGAUCUGUUCAGUGCCAGCCUGGCUGUGUGGGAAGACCCUGUCUCAAAAAGUAUCUUAAUUUUGGUAAGUAAUUACUUCUAGGCUCUUGAAAUCUAGGUUCCCUUUAUGCACUUCACUUCCAUACCGUGUCUAAGGAAUUUUUAGAAAUCCUUCACUUUUAGCAAAAUUGUCUCCUUUUCAUUGUGCCCUUAAAUAUUUGCUUCAAUAGCAAAUGGAGAAAACAUGGUCAUCUCACUUCACUUUGAAUGUGGUCGCCAUACACGUAGAGUUACACAUUUUCAUCUUCCUUUACAAUCGUGCAUGCAGCGAUGGGAUAUGUUCUUAAUUUCAGCAGAUAAGGGAUUUUCAGUUCUUCAUUCCAGAUUUUCAGUGUUCCCAUAAUUGACACAUAAUUAAAUGAUGUGCCUCUAAGACAGGCAUCUUUCCAGUUACCUAAAUGUUUGGAAAAUGGGGGUUCUUUCUUUCCAUAAGGAAAAAAAAAAAGGCUUAAGAGCAGGCUGAGUGUAGUGGUGCACACCUGUUGUUCCAGCAUUUGGGAAGCGGAGGCAGGAGUGUUAGGCCAUUCCAAACUUACAGAAAAGUUUAGUGUAAGAGCACUGCAGUGGCCAGGCAUGGUGCCACAGGCUCAUAAUCCCAACAACCCCUUUCUAAAAGCCAAGGAGGGGGAUUGCCUCCUGGGCUACUGAGGGAGUUCAAGGCUAGCUGAACAAACUAGCCCCUCUCAAACAUCUGAUGACAUAAGUCAGCGCUAGAGUGCUGGGUAUUUGCUAAGCCAUACGUUCAGUCCCCAGUACCUCGUCAAAUAAAGUUUCCUGUAAUACAUGAGGGCAGGUCACAAGGGGAGAUCUUCCAGCCCUGUGUAUUUUAAUGUAUAAUUUGUUCAACUGGAAACACCUCCUUUACCACAAAUACGUCUCUCACGGGUAGAACAUGGUGACAUUCCGACCAUCCGCACACCAUGCAAGCCUUUCUGAUGUCCUCAUCACACAAAAGCGCCGUGUGCAGCUGCAUCAUUACUAUGUUUAGGUCACCCAGAGCCUGUAACACGUCGUGCUCCCUCCCUUAACCUUGACAUCCUAAGAAUGCAUUUGUAAGUUGCCAGGCCAGCUUCAUUCGUGUUCCUGUGGGCAGGAACAGAAGUGAUGGGUACCUUUUAAUACCUCCAUUACGGGGGCUGGAAAGAAGGUGCAGCAGGUUCCUUGUAGGCAGCACCUGCUGCCAAGCAUGACAGCCUGAGUUCACUUCCCCAGGCCCCACAUGGUGGAGGGAGAGAACCAAUGUGUGCCCGCAGGCAUACACACAAAGUAAUAAAUUAUUUUUUUAACCUUUA